AUGAUUCGACAGGCAGCCACCAGAAAACGGAGGCAGGCGAUGAGGGGAGCUGGUUACUUGUUCCACGCGCAGUCGUCCCUCUGCCUUUCUGUGGCCGAGGAAAUCUUUUUAGAAGCGGCGGAAUACGGAAACGCUCCCGAGGUCAGACGGAUGUUGGAAGAGCUGCCGGACCUCAACGUCAACUGUGUGAACUACAUGGGCCAGAACGCUCUGCAGCUGGCAGUCGCCAACGAGCAUUUAGAGGUUGCAAAGCUUCUCCUGAAGAAGAAGGACCUCUCUCGGAUCGGCGACGCUCUGCUGUUGGCCAUCAGUAAAGGUUACAUCCGUCUGGUGGAGGCCAUUCUGAGCCACGAGGCUCUGGAAGACGGUCAGAGGCUGUCGAACAGCCCCAGCCAGGCCGACACACACGACGACUUCUUCUCCUACGACGAGGACGGGACUCGUUUCUCUCACGAUAUCACCCCCAUCAUCCUGGCCUCUCAGUGUCAGGAGUAUGAAAUCGUCCAUAUCCUGCUGCUGAAGGGGGCCCGUAUCGAACGGCCCCAUGACUACUUCUGCCAGUGCAGGAUCUGCAGCGAGCGGCAGAGGAACGACUCCUUCAGCCACUCGCAGUCCCGCAUCAAUGCGUACAAAGGUCUGGCCAGUCCAGCGUACCUCUGCCUCUCCAGUGAAGACCCCGUGAUCGCCGCUCUGGAGCUCAGCAACGAGCUGGCAGUCCUGGCCAACACAGAGAAAGAGUUCAAGAAUGAUUACAAGAAACUGUCCAUGCAGUGUAAGGAUUUUGUGGUGGGACUCCUGGACUUGUGCCGAAACACAGAAGAAGUGGAGGCCAUCUUGAACGGAGACACCGACUCGUGCCACGGCGCCGAAAGCUGCAGCAGACAGUCCCUCAUCAGGUUUAAACUGGCAAUCAAAUAUGAAGUGAAAAAGUUUGUGGCUCAUCCAAACUGCCAGCAGCGCCUCCUCUCCAUCUGGUACGAGAACCUGUCUGGUCUGCGUCAGCAAACCACAGCUGUUAAAAUUCUCCUCGUCCUUGGCGUAGCUGUCGGAAUGCCCGCCCUGGCCUUCGUUUACUGGAUCGCGCCGUCAAGUAAGCUUGGGAAGCUCAUGUGUGGCCCCUUCCUGAAGUUCGUGGCCCACGCGGCGUCCUUCGUCAUGUUUCUGUGCCUGCUGGUCCUGAACGCGGCGGACCGCUUCGAGGGGACGGCGCUGCUGCCCAACAUGACCGUUCAGGACUACCCCUCGCAGCUGUUCCGAAUGAAGACCACCCCCUUCACCUGGAUGGAGAUUCUCAUCAUCUCGUGGGUCAUAGGAAAGAUCUGGGAGGAAUGUAAAGAUAUCUGGCUGCAGGACCUCCGAGAGUACAUCACAGAAGCCUGGAACCUUCUGGACUUCAGCAUUUUGGCCAUCUUCAUGACCUCCUUCAUCGCCAGGCUGAUGGCUUUCUGGCAUGCGUGUUCUGCUCAGAGCUUCAUCGACGAACACUACACCGACCUGUCCAACAUAUCGCUGCCCUUUGAGAUCCGCUACUUCCACCUUGCUCGGAUGCACUGGAUGCCCUCCGACCCGCAGCUCAUAUCUGAAGGCCUGUACGCCAUCGCCGUCGUGUUGAGUUUCUCCCGCAUCGCCUACAUCCUCCCCGCCAACGAGCGCUUCGGGCCUCUGCAGAUCUCUCUGGGAAGGACAGUGAAAGACAUCUUUAAAUUCAUGGUGAUCUUCAUCACGGUCUUCGUGGCGUUCAUGGUGGGGAUGUUCAACCUGUACUCGUACUACCUUGGAGCCAAGCACAACAACGCCUUCACUACGAUCGAGGAGAGCUUCAAAACCUUGUUUUGGGCCAUUUUCGGACUGUCAGAAGUGAAAUCAGUGGUCAUCACCAUCAACCACAAGUUCAUAGAGAAUAUUGGUUACGUUCUGUACGGAGUGUACAACGUCAUCAUGGUGAUCGUGCUGCUCAAUAUGCUCAUUGCCAUGUUUAACAGCUCCUUCCAGGAAAUUGAGGAUGAUGCCGACGUGGAGUGGAAGUUCGCCAGAGCUAAACUCUGGUUCUCUUACUUCGAGCAUGGCGGAAGCCUCCCGGUUCCCUUCAACCUCGUGCCCAGCCCCAGGUCUGUGGCGGCCCUUUUCCUGAGGAUCCGGGGGUUCAUCCGUGGAGGAGCUGUGAGGAAGAAGAUAGAAGAUUCAAGUGAUGAGAUGGAGCUGAAAAAUUUGAGACAAAUGGAGGACGUGACUGCAGAAGCUUCUGUUCGACCGACACAACACCACAAGAUAAUGAACCGCCUCAUCAAAAGGUACAUCCUAAAAGCUCAGCGAGAUAAAGACAGUGAUGAAGUAAACGAAGGCGAACUGAAGGAGAUCAAGCAGGACAUCUCCAGCCUUCGCUACGAGCUGCUGGAGAGGGGGAGCCACGACAUGAAGACACUGGCCAAGCUCAUCCGGCGGCUGGGAGAGGUCACACACCUCCGGCAGAACGAGGAGCUCAACCAUGAGCUCCAUAUUCUCUCCUGAGAGCAUCUGAUGUGUGUUUUACCCGAUGCCUUUCAUGAAGCAUGGAGCCAGAAGACCACAAUUUGAAGACAGUGGUUCAUCUGAUUUUUCCUUUUUUAGGCACUCAUUCUUAGUUCUAUGUGUAUGUGUGUGUCUGUGUGUGUGUUUGUUUGUUUGUUUUUUAACCGAUAACCUCUUAAAUUCUUGAUGUUUUUUGUGUUGUUGCGCCUGUGUCUGUACAGUUAACCACAUGGUGGAAGUAUUGUAAUCUUUUUUUCUUGGUGCUUGAGCACAGUUUCUCCAAUCCGCUGUGCAGCUCAUAAAGCAGCUGCCAGCUUCUGCAUUCUGAGCAGAAAACGCAGUUAGAGACAAAAUUUUAAAAAAUGUGUCUGAAAAACUUGCAGGCAGCACUUUAAAGCAGAUGUGAGAUAAAAAGCUAAAGGGGACUCUUACCGGAGCAUUCAGUGUGAGCUUUUUUUCUCCAGUGUAUGAACUCUUGACCACCAGUUGAAAACAUUCUACUUUUGUUGUAUUUUUCUUAACAUUGCACUUUAGUAAAAAGUUGUUUACUCAAGCUUAAUGUUUAAUGGAUGUAAAUAAAACCAGUGUUGGUUAUCUUCCCCUUGUCAU